CUGUGGUCACGCGUCCACAUAAGAAUAUGUUGAAGUGUUUCUGCUAUCAAACAAGACACCAAAGGGAACAACCAACCACUAGCAGCCCACCCUCUGCGCCAUGGUGCUGAAACUCCCACUGCUUCUCUUCGUACUGAACUUGGCAUGUGGCAUGCAAGCAGCACGUGAAUGCUUUGCAUUAUUGACAGUGUUUCCUGAAAAGGUCUCCUUCCCAGGAAGCGGGUCUUACAAUGCCUCAGUGUCCUCCUACUUCUUUCUCGAUGAGCGAUUACAUCCUACAUGCAUCGUUUCCCCAUCCUCAGUAGAGGAAGUAUCGACUAUUGUGAAAAUUCUGGCGGCAUCGGCAAACUCUGCCUUUUCAAUCCGCUCUGGGGGCCAUUCGCCCAAUUCGGGAGCUGCCAAUGCUGACUGGGGCGUGACAAUCGACCUUCGGGGCCUGAACAGCAUUGGGAUCGACAGCAGUACAUACACCGUCCAGGUUGGAACCGGAUUGACUUGGAACGAAGUAUACCAAGCAGUUGAUGGAUAUGAUCGGGUAGUGAUAGGAGGUCGGACUGGGUCUGUGGGUGUGGGCGGUCUCAUCACCGGCGGAGGUCUAUCAGCGUUCUACCCGAGGUAUGGAUUUGCCUGCGACAACGUGCUCAACAUGGAAGUCGUCCUCGCCUCCGGCGAGAUCAUAAACGUCAACGCCAGCCACCAUGCGGAUCUCUUCGCUGCGCUCAAGGGCGGCCAGAACAACUUCGGGAUUGUCACCCGCUUUGACCUGCGGUCUUUUCCCCAAGGCCCGUACUGGGGCGGCGGGAUCCAGUACGAUAUCUCCACUGUCGAGGAGCAAUUGGCGGCGUUCACGGCCUUCAAGCACCCGGCCAAUUUCGACCCCUUCGCCGAGAUCGAACAGAGCUAUCUGUACUACGGCGCCGAGGAUAAGGGGACAGUCUCCAACAUUAUGUACUAUUCGAAUGCAUCAGCCGCCCCUGCCGCUUUGCAGCGGUUUACGGACAUCGAGCCACAGGCGCUGAACACGAUGCGUAUUUCCAAUAGCACGGAUUUCAGUGCAGAGCUUACACGCUACCAGCCUAUGGACCAGUAUGCCGUUUACGCAACGGCAACCUUUCGGGUCUCGCCCACCAUCCUCAAAAAGGUGUACGACGCGUGGAAUGCGACCACCCUGAGCAUUGCAGGGGAUGUUUUGAACCUGACCAGCGUGCUCGUCUAUCAGUCCAUCCCUGCGUUGCAGCCGGCACCGGCACCGCCGAACAGCCUCGGGAUUCCGCCGGACAGCCAUCCGGAGCGGGAUCAGGUCCUCUGCCUCGUGUCCCUCUAUUGGCCGCUGGAGAAAGACUCUCAGCUUGUCCAGCAAGCGACGCUGUCUAUUAUCAAGGCAGUGGAUGCGCUGACCACGGAGGAGGGUGUUCGAGUGCCAUACCGGUACUUGAAUUACGCGGCCUCCUGGCAAAGCCCGAUCGGCAGUUACGGUCCGGACAGUGUGGAAGAGCUGCAACGCGUUGCUUCAGCAUACGACCCCAGGGGUAUCUUUCGGCGUAAUGUGCCAGGAGGCUUUAAGCUUUUUGCCUAGUAGCUGCAAUUGAUGUAGAUUGGUAUUGAAUAAGUGACCCGAUGCGCUAGUUCUGUGUGGCUUCUAUUUGUAUGCUAUUGUAUGGCAGCAUCAUAGACGCUCGGCAAGUUUUGGUGUACACUGUCUUGGAGC